ACGAAUAAUUUUGAUGUCACAAUAUUAUAAUGUUGACAUCUUCAUUUUUACUGUUUUACUUCCUUGACAAAGAAGUAAACAAGGAACUUGUGGCAUAAAUUCUUGGCAACAUUACAAAAUUACAACCCGUAUAAAUAUAUUUUUUUUCAAUGCAAAUUAAAAGAUAACUUUUCGCACAGCUACUCGUCAAACAAACAAGUGUAUACAUUGGCAUUUUAACUUACAGUAAAAUGAUGUAUGCAAUUGUUGCCUUUGAUGAGGAAAAUAACACUGACUAUCUACCUCUAAUUUGGCUUGUUAAUGCGAUGAGCGAAAAUGUUCUGUCUAUAAUAUCUUCAAGGAAAUCAACAGAUUUUUAUUGGCCACGCUGGACAAAUAUGAAAAAAAUUGACGCAGCAAAAUCAAUCUGUCAAGAACCAGAAGUUGGUUGGCUGCGAUUUUCUGGAAAAAUUUUGUCCACUGCUGACACAGAAUCUGAAGCAAAAGAAAAAUGUAAAUAUGCGGAAGAUACAUCAAAUGUUGAUGAACUAUAUCUAAAAAAUCGAAAAAGCCAGUCUUGUGAAGAAGAUUCUCAAGUAAAGUUAUUUGAAAAAAAAAAGGAAAUUGAAUCUAUUUUUUUUAAAGAAGAACUUAGUAAAUCAAUAAAGAAAAAGAAAACAGAGUCAACAAAAGGACAUAUGAAGUUCAAUAAAAGUUUUGAAGACCUUAAUAAAUCCCCAGAACAAGCUUUUAUCAAGCCAGAUGUUCCUUUAAUUCCUCGAUGUUCUAACACUUCAGAUGAUGUUGAUUUCAAUAAAAAUUCAUCUUUAACAGAUUUUUCAUUCAAUUUGUCUGAAACUUAUCAAAGAAUGCCUAAUUCUUCAACAAUAGUACCUUUUGCUGCAGCAGAAAAUUCAGGAGUAUGCAAAACUAUUUUGAGAGGGUUAGAACAAAUUAAAGAAACACAAAAAUUUCACUCUAAGAUGAUUCAGAAUUUAUUGCAACGGUUUAACAUAGAAAGAGACAUAGCAUCAGUGGAGCUACCAGAAGGUUUAACAUUUCCUGUAACAACAAUGGAAGAACUGGAUAAGGCUCUUGAAAUAUUAGCUAAUGUUACUACUCAAAGGAUUUUGGUUCAUAUUCUUUUUGAAAAUGGUGGGCAAGAUAUUUCAGAAUUUGUUAAUCGAAAUAUGACUUAUCUUAUUGGAAAUGUAUUGGCCAGACAGCUAAAUUUGACCGGCCAAAAAAAUAAGCGUGGAUUUAUUAAAACCAUUUUGUACAACAUUCUUUAUACUUCCAUAAAAAUGAAUACAUCUACAAAAGAGUGUACAAAAAAACAGCUUGAGGAGGCUCUUUCAAAAUGGUUUGGUAAUGCUCGUGACAGAGGUAUAGGUCGAAGACGGCGCUUAGAUGUCGUUAAUCAUUUGGAAGAAAGUUUUUAAAUAAUUCUUAAUCCUAUCUUAAACGAAUAUGUUAUAUUUUAUAGUAGUUUUUUUAUUAAAUAUUUUAGUUAUUGUAUAAAAAAAGAGUUUCUUUUUUCA